UAAUAAACCAGCUUCGACCAUGAGAUUGGUUAUCCUCAUCGAUUCGAUCUCAAUCUCAAUCUCGAUCUCUCUCCUUUCUUCCUACGAUGCCUACCAUCGCCGGACCCAGUUCGUCUCCUCACGAGCACAUCGUGGCCGCCAGAUCGGAGAAUACCGGAGGUCGUGAAGUCAACACACCUCGUAAACGCAAGCUGAGAUCAGAUUCCGCCGCAGAGGUUACAUCGACGGCGAUUGUAAAUGAGAGUUUGAAAUGGAAAUCUCCUCGACGGUGUAUUGUUUCAAGUCCCAGGACGCUUACUAAGGAGGUUGAGGAAGAUUCUAAAGGCGAGCUGGAGAGUCCAGUGAUAUCAGCUGUGGAGAAGCGAUUUGAUUGUUUAGAUGUUAAAUCAAAGUGGAAUCCUAGAGAUGAUGAUCAAAUGAGAGCUGUGAAGGAAGCAUUGCAUGUGUCGAAGGCCCCAUCAACUGUUGUCUGCCGUGAGGAUGAGCAAAAACGUGUUUUAGAGUUUGUUAAAGGUUGUAUGGAACAGAAGAAGGCUGGGAGUUUGUAUAUAUGUGGCUGCCCUGGAACUGGGAAGUCAUUGUCGAUGGAGAAAGUAAGACAACAAGCUGAAGACUGGGCAAAGCAGGAAGGUUUGCCUUGUCUGGAAACAGUGUCUGUUAAUUGCACAUCGCUGACGAAAACAACAGAUAUCUUCUCCAAGAUACUUGCAGAGAAUGAGACUGGGAAGAAAGUUAAUGGCUCAUCUUCACCUCUACAACAACUUCAGGUUUUGUUUUCUCAAAAGCAGCAAUCAUCCAGCACAAAGAUGAUGCUGAUAAUUGCAGAUGAGAUGGAUUACUUGAUCACAAGAGAUCGAGGUGUCCUUCAUGAGCUUUUCAUGCUCACAACUUUGCCAUUUUCAAGAUGUAUACUAAUAGGUGUAGCAAAUGCAAUAGACCUCGCAGAUCGUUUUCUUCCAAAAUUGAAGUCUCUUAAUUGUAAGUGCAAACCUUUGGUUGUCACUUUCCGUGCCUAUUCUAUGGAGCAGAUCCUAAGGAUACUGCAGGAGAGGCUUGUGGAACUUCCAUAUGUUGCAUUUCAAUCAAAAGCCCUGGAGCUUUGUGCCAGAAAAGUAUCAGCUGCAUCAGGAGACAUGAGAAAGGCUCUAUCUGUCUGCAGGAGUGCUCUAGAAAUCUUAGAAACAGAAGUUAAAGUGUCAACAGAUCAAGAAUCACAAAGUCCAAUUACAGAGAAUCAAGUGGUCAAGAUAGAUCAUAUGGUAGCUGCAUUGUCCAAGACAUUUAAAUCUCCAGUAGUUGACACCAUUCAGUCACUUCCUCAACACCAGCAAAUCAUAGUCUGUUCUGCUGCAAAAGCCUUUAGAGGAAGCAAAAAGGACAGAAGCAUUGCAGAGUUAAAUAAGUUAUACACGGAAAUAUGUAAAUCAUCGAUGAUCACUCCAGCUGGAAUAACAGAGUUCACGAACAUGUGUACAGUGCUAAACGACCAGGGGAUAUUAAAACUGAGUAAAGCUCGAGAUGAUAAGCUAAAGAGAGUGAGCCUAAGAGUAGAUGAAGCAGACAUCACAUUUGCUCUUAAGGUAUAUACAAUACAACCCUGCACUCUUGUUUCAAAAUAG